GCAUUUUAUAAGGCAAGUAUGAGGCAACGAAGUUCUUGCAGCAAAAGCAAUAGUAAUAAUUUAAUUUAAUUCCUCCUGGGCAGUUAAGUGUAACCAGGGGAACUUAUUUUGCGAAGGACGGUCACCGGCCAACAGGGGUCAUCCAUUUUCUAACUGAUGAUGGAUUCUUGGUUUCUGUUUCUGGCGCUAGCCAGUUCGAUACUGCAGUCUGUUGCAGGACUACCAACAUGGCCCUCCUCUAUAGACGAGUUGGAAGAUAUAAUGUUCCUGAAUACGGGCUAUCAGGCGAGAGCUUUCCCAGCUGACAUCACGCCCUGUUCCUUCUCCCAACAAGGCCCUUCUAGAAUUGCUUCCGCAGAAUGGCUUCGAACAGCUUUCCACGACAUGGCGCCGGGUAAUGUCAACACCGGAGUCGGUGGACUGGAUGCUUCCCUGCAGUACGAGUUAGCAGGGAAUGGUGGUGAAAACAUUGGUACUGCGUUCAAUACAACUCUUAACUCUCUCUCCCCAUUUCUUUCAUCUCGCUCUUCACUGGCAGACCUCAUUGCGCUUGGCGUGUACGCGUCUGUCCGGGUUUGUGGCGGUCCAGUUAUACCUAUUCGCACUGGCCGCAUAGAUGCCACUGCAGCUGGCCCGAUUGGAGUACCGUUGCCGCAGAAUUCGCAGUAUACGUUUACUCAGCAGUUUUUACGGAUGGGCUUCAAUGUGUCAGAAAUGAUCGCGCUCACGGCUUGCGGUCACACCAUUGGAGGCGUUCAUGCCAGUAAUUUUCCCGAGGCUCUGAAGCCAGGAACUGUCUCAAAUGAUUAUGAACACUUUGAUUCGACGACAGCAUUUGAUGAAAAGAUUGCAUCGGAAUAUCUUGCUGGAAAUAGCUCAGAUGCACUAGCUUCUCCCCUAUCAAUUCAAAACACCUACGACUCAGAUGUGGCUGUUUUCACGGCAGACAAAAAUGUCACGAUUGGUCUCAUGGCUGACCCAACGUACUUUCAAUCCCGCUGCCAGGUGAUGCUGCAGCGAAUGAUAGAGGUCGUUCCGACUGGAGUGGUUCUCACUGACCCAAUUGCUCCCUAUGAGGUCAAACCGAACAACUUGCAAUUAACCAUCCAGUCCGGUGGUACCGAGCUUCAAUUUACAGGUCAGAUACGUGUUCGCACAACCAAUGUAACGGAAAGUAGUAUUUCGAGCGUUCAACUUGUAUAUGUUGACCGUAAUGGAAAAUCUACAUGCGGAUCUUGCCAUAUUACGACGCAGUAUGCGGGAACAACCAAUGGUUUCGAUGAUUCUUUUGCUUUCUAUAGCUUUUCCACAACAUUUCCCAUCGCAACUUCUAUCUCAUCAUUUACAGUCCAGGUGACUUCGAAUGGCAAUACAGUGACGUAUGAUAACAAUGGUAUUGGUUAUCCAGUUCAGGACGGUAUAUUAUUUCAGAGUCCGCAAAGUUGCAUAGCGAAGGCAACUGAUAGUAACGGUAAUUAUCAAAUGACAGUCACCGCCGCAGUCCGGAAUACAACUUCUUUAAGCGCGCCGACCUUGGCAGUAGAGGUUAAAACACCCAGAUCCUGCUGCGUAGUCCCAGGUCUAUCCACUUCCAACUUGACAAUGACAAAGACGGCCACAAUUGGCGCCUACAUCCUGUACAGCGGGAGCUAUUCUCUCACACCCAGCCAAAUUACUACAUCCAAAUUCGGCGUUUCUGUUGGAACAUCCUCGGAUAGCUUUAAAAGCACAGCGCUUACCGGCUCUUGUUCGACACUCAGCGGCUCUAGCCCAGUUCCUUAUAGCUACAAUGGUUGCUAUACCGACGAUGUCAACUCUAGAACGUUCCAAGCUGCCACUACCAGUGACAAUAAAAUGACUCUUGCGGAGUGCUCCAGCUUCUGUAGUGGCUAUCCAUACUUCGGAACUGAAUAUUCAACCCAGUGUUUUUGUGGCAACAGUAUAGGCAGCUCAUCUACACACACUGCAGACUCAGAUUGCAGCAUGUCCUGUGGAGGGGACAGUACUGAAGCCUGCGGUGGGCCUAACAGAUUAUCGGUCUAUACAAACAAUAACUAUGUGAAUCCAGGAGGAACUAACAUCCCAGGUUAUCAAUACCUGGGAUGUUAUAACGAUACUGCUGCCUCUCGCAGUCUUUCUGGUGCUUACACAUAUAGUGGCAAUAUGACAGUGGAAGCCUGUGCUACCUUCUGCAAUGGCGCGACUUAUUUCGGCGUGGAGUACUAUCAGGAAUGUUAUUGCGGUAAUACUCUGGCAGUAGGUAGCACUAAACAGCUCGUCACUGACUGUUCAUACGCAUGUGCUGGAAACGGCAGUGAAUUUUGCGGUGGCAGUAAUAGACUCGAUGUGUACGAGCUUGGCUCGAGUAUCAUAACAACCUCGUCAAGUUCAGUUACUUCCAGUGGCAUAUCAUCUACCGUCACCUCAUCUCAAUCCACAACUGUGCCCGUGACUACGACGAGCACAACUGUAUCUUCUAGUACCACGUCAUCCACGAGCACGACGGCGGUUGUCAGUACUACAACAACUACUAGCAUAGGCACUACUACUCUCUCAACAACCACCAGUGCCACUACCACGGCCGCUGCUUCUGGGCUUCCAUCGGGGUGGUCCUAUAAAGGCUGCUAUCUAGAUAACAUCGGCGGCGUUCGUUCCAUGCUCACCCAAGAAAACGACAACCCCAACAUGACUAUUGCAUCCUGCGUGAGCCAGUGUAUAUCAUUGGGAUAUAGCGUGGCAGGCAUGGAGUAUUCUGAUCAGUGUUUCUGUGAUAACUAUAUCCAUAACAAUGCUUCAUUAGCAAGCUCAGACUCCCAGUGUGCCAUGACCUGCGCCGGGAAUACCGGUGAAAUUUGCGGCGGGCCGAGUCUACUCAGCGUCUAUUCUAAUGCUACAAUUACGGUACUACCGGUCCCAACACCACAGAAAACCAACUUACCCGGGUCUUGGGUGUAUAAAGGCUGUCUCCAGGACAACGUCAAUAACACAAGGACCUUCCCCUACAUGCUCACCUACGCAAACAACAACUCGGCCUCCGCAUGUCUCUCCCGUUGCCAAGAAUAUGGAUUCCAAGCAGCCGGCAUGGAGUAUGGUCAACAGUGCUUCUGCGGUGAUACUUUCGAUAUCGGGGCUGGUGUUCAAAUCGUCGAUGAUUCUCAAUGCAAUAUGAUUUGCACGGGCGAUCCAAUUCACUACUGUGGUGCCGGAAAUCUACUUAAUUAUUACAUUUGGGAAGGAGAUACCCCAUUGUACGAGUGGACCUAUGCUUCAGGGAAUAAUGCUGGUCUCUAUGAAUUCCUUAUUGGAGGCGUUGUAGUGCCCUUGAUGACCACAGUCAAUAUUAAUGGCAAGGUCACUUUCUUGGAGAAAUGGGGAACUGGGCCGCCAAAUACCACUGGAGCGUAUGAACUAGAUCUAUUCUACGCGAACGAUUUCAACAACUCAUGGCGACCGAUGCACGUCAAGACCGACAUUUUCUGCUCCGCUGGCCUCGUGCUUCCAGACAAAGCUGGAAGACAGCUUACUGUUGGUGGAUGGUCGGGAGUGUCUACUGAAGGUAUCCGGCUUUACUGGCCAGAUGGUUCCCCGGGCAAGCCCAGUGUCAAUGACUGGCAGGAAAACCAGGCGGAGCUUUCACUCCAGGAUGGCCGCUGGUAUCCUUCUGGUAUGAUUAUGGCUAACGGCUCGAUCUUGAUUGUUGGUGGUGAGACAGGGUCCAAUGGGCCGCCUGUGCCUACCCUAGAAAUUCUGCCUACUGUCGGACCCACGCUCUAUAUGGAUUGGCUGCAACGUACAGAUCCCAACAACUUGUAUCCAUUCAUGGCGGUGAUGCCUUCGAAGACAAUUCUAGCAGCCUACUACAAUGAGGCUCGUUUAUUGGAUGAGGCCUCAUUCCAGACGAUCCGGUCACUGCCAAACAUGCCCGGCGCCGUCAACAAUGAUCUCGGUGGGCGCACUUAUCCUCUCGAAGGCACAAUGGUGUUCUUCCCUCAAUACGCUCCAUACACAGACCCUGUGAGGGUUCUGAUAUGCGGUGGUUCAACGCCUUACGGUGGGGAUGCCAUCGAUAAUUGUUUGUCCAUCCAACCCGAUGUUCCGGGACAAACCUGGACUAUUGAACGCAUGCCUUCGAAGCGGGUCAUGACUUGCAUAGCGCCGCUCCCAGACGGUACAUUCCUUAUAAUGAACGGGGCCCACCAGGGUGUGGCCGGAUUUGGCCUUGCUACCAGCCCUAACCUAAAUGCUGUUCUUUACGACCCAAGCAAGCCAGUGAACCAGCGUAUGACGGUGAUGGCAAAUACCACCGUAGCUCGUCUAUACCACUCCGAGGCAAUUCUUCUUCCUGAUGGGCGUGUGUUGGUCUCUGGUUCCGACCCUGAGGAUGGUGUUAAUCCUCAAGAAUACCGAGUAGAGGUAUUCAUUCCGCCGUAUCUCCUAUCUGGCGCCUCACGACCGGCAUUCACCAUCACCGAAACCGACUGGGCAUAUGGAGGAACGUAUAGUAUCACAGUUACCGCCGGCAACGUUGCCAACCUGAAGGUAUCCCUUAUAGGUCUCGUCUCAAGCACACAUGGUAACAGUUUCGGGCAUCGCACUUUCUUCCCAGCAUUCACCUGUCAAGGUAGCCAGUGUACCAUCACUGCUCCGCCGGACCCGUGGACUUCUCCUCCUGGUUGGUUUCACCUGUUCAUCGUUGACGGGCCGACCCCGUCGGUCAGCACGUUUGUGCGAAUCGGAGGGGAUCCGGGAAAACUAGGUAAUUGGCCGAAUCUUACUGAUUUCACAGUUCCUGGUGUGUAG